UUAGGGGCAACAGUUCUCUGUGAUUGGACCAUUUCCACCCUCUGCUAAUCAUUAUUGAACUCAGGAAGUGACGAAGUGCUUCAAAGUGGCCUGAUGCCGAGCCAAGACCGACUCAUCGGCACGCGGAGAUAGGCCCGACGCGUGACGGCGGAAGGUCCGCCCGUCCUCGAGGGGUACGAGGGGCACGAUCCUCGCAUACUACGCUGCGACACCAUUUAAACGAUGGUUUCGUUAUUCAAAGAUGGUUACGGUAACAGACAUUAACAUUCAAUUCAUAGACGCCCUCAGAAUAAAGUCAUGUCCCUGAAAGGCAAAAUCGCAAUUGUCACCGGGGGAGCCAGAGGAAUUGGCUCGGGCAUCGUUCGCAGCCUGAGCAAACUGGGUGCGAGAGUCGCCUUUAACUACGUCUCCGCCACCUCCCGUGAAGCAGCAGAUGCCUUGAUCGAUGAGCUCCGACAACACAACGGUGAAGCUAUUGCAGUCCAAGCCGACAUCAACGACCCAGAUGCCCCCAAGAUCAUUAUCAACGCAGCCCUUGAGGCAUUCAAAACCGAUCAAAUCCACAUCCUAGUCAAUAAUGCCGGCGCCGGUGAUAAUCGACCGCUGGAAGAAGUGACGUUGGAUAGCUACACGCGGCUAAUGGAUACAAACGUGCGAUCAGUGGUUUUCAUGACGCAGGCAGUGCUCCCAUUUAUCGCUCGUGGAGGACGAAUCAUCAAUCUAUCAUCGAUCUCUGCUCGGGCUGGAUAUUCCACUCAGUCAGUAUAUGCGGCCAGCAAGGCGGCGGUGGAGGGUCUGACACGUGUAUGGGCCACGGAGCUGGGCCAUAAGUAUGGGGUAACGGUUAAUGCCGUUAAUCCUGGUCCGGUUGAUACAGAGAUGUAUCGGGCGGCGGGUGAGGUUCAUCUGGCGCGGAUGGCGGAGGAGAAUAAGAAGGUCCCAGCUGGGCAGCGGUGUGGAACAAUCGAGGAUGUUGGAGAUAUCGUGUCGUUCUUGGCGGAAGAGAGGGCGCGGUGGGUGACGGGCGAUGUGAUAUGUGCUAAUGGGGGAGUAUUGUAUAUCUAGAUAGAAUUCUGCUGCUUAGACAUACUUGGAUAGAG